GUAGGAUUUUGAAGCGAAAGAAAGCGCGAGGGAACCUUAGGUAGCGGGAAAAGGAAAUGGGAUUUAGAGGGAAACACGAAGAGGUGGCGUUGGGGCAACUCAUCGUUUCCGGGCUCUCCCAAGAGCCACAGUGGGCGACCUCAGCCAUCAAGAAGCUCUCGUCCCAUUCCCUCACUCUCCCACGCGCCGCUUCCCUCUUCGACCAUCUCCACCACCCCGACGCCUUUCACUGCAACACCAUCAUCCGAGCCUACGCUCGCAACCUCGAUUUCCCUAACGCUCUCCGUUUCUACUACCACAAAAUGCUCGCCCGAUCCCUCCCCCCAAACCACUACACCUUCCCUCUCUUCAUCAAGCUUUGCACCGACUUUGGGGCCCAACCAGAAGGCCUAAAGGCUCAUGCCCGAAUCGUCAAAUUCGGCUUCGGAUCCGAUUUGUUCGCCCGGAAUGCGCUGAUUCGGAUGUACUCGGUUUUCGGCAGAGUUGGACAUGCCCGGAUGGUGUUUGACGAAGGUUCUGACGUGGAUUUGGUUAGUUAUAACUCGCUGAUUGAUGGGUAUGUGAAGAAUGGGGAAAUUGGUGCUGCACGCCAAGUGUUUGAUGGAAUGUCUGAGAGGGAUGUUUUAAGCUGGAACUGCAUGGUUGCGGGGUAUGUGGGGGUUGGGGAUUUGGAUGCUGCUAAUGAGUUGUUUGAGACGAUGCCUGAGAGGGAUGUUGUGUCUUGGAAUUGCAUGAUUGAUGGGUGUGCCAGGGUGGGGAAUGUUUCUCUGGCUGUUGAGUUUUUCAAUCGGGUGCCUGUGGCUAUGAGGAAUGUGGUUACGUGGAAUUUGGUGUUGGCGCUGCAUGCGCGGGUGAAGAAUUAUGGCGAGUGUUUGAGGCUGUUUGGUAGGAUGAUGGAAGGAAGAGAGGUAAUGCCGAAUAAGGCUACGUUGGUGAGUGUGCUCACGGCGUGUGCAAAUUUAGGGAUGCUUGGUAUGGGCAUGUGGGUUCAUUCUUUUAUCAGAAGUAACGACAUUAAGCCUGAUGUCUUGCUUUCGACUUGUCUGCUGACAAUGUAUGCAAAAUGUGGGGCUAUGGAUUUGGCUAGGGGUGUUUUUGAUGAGAUGCCGGUUAGAAGCGUUGUAUCGUGGAACUCUAUGAUCAUGGGAUAUGGAUUGCAUGGGAAUGGGGACAAAGCUCUUGAACUGUUCUUGGAUAUGGAGAAGACAGGUGUACAACCAAAUGAUGCCACUUUUAUCAGUGUGUUGUCUGCAUGUACUCAUGCUGGAAUGGUCAUGGAGGGUUUGUGGUACUUUGAUCUCAUGCGUCGAGUUUACAAAAUUGAACCCAAGGUUGAACACUAUGGUUGCAUGGUUGAUCUCCUGGCUCGAGCUGGUUUGGUAGAAAUUUCAGAAGAGCUUAUAAGGAAGGUCCCUGUGAAGGCUGGAUCUGCAAUAUGGGGAGCUCUACUUUCUGGUUGCAGUACCCACCUGAACUCGGAGCUUGGAGAGAUUGUAGCCAAGAGACUUAUUGAGUUGGACCCACAGGAUAUUGGCCCUUAUAUUUUGCUGUCAAAUAUGUAUGCUGCUCAAGGGAGAUGGGAUGAUGUUGAACGUGUGAGAUUGAUGAUAGAAGAAAAGGGGUUACAGAGAGAAGCAGCAUCCAGCUUGGUUCAGCUUGAAGAUUUCGAAUCUAAAUAUUUUGUCAAGAAUAACUCGGGCUAUAGGAAAAGGAUGAUGUACUCGAUGUUGAGUGAGUUAAGAGAACAGAUGAAAUUAUCCAUAGAACAGUCAAUUAAGGAAGACAAUUUCGUGUCUAAAUAAAAAUAAGAGUCUCUACAUUAAAGGCUGUUGGGAGAGAAGCAAAAGUGCAAGUUAAGGAAUGACGUGUUGAGUUAAAGAUGUUAUAACUCCCAAAAGAGGCUGCCACGAUGUGUUGUGGGAUGGAGAUGCUAUGUUAACGUAAGAAUGUACAAAACGAAAGGAUCUGGUAGAUGCUACAGCGUCCAGAUUGGUUCCACCAAGAUUUUAGGUCUCUGAAGUUUCUGGCGGAAGAUAAUUCAUUUAUUUGAUGAAGAAUGAGUUGCUCAGUGUCUUGCAUAAUUAAGCCACUCAGAUAAAACUCAAUCCAUAAAAUCAACUGUAGAGAAGAAAUAUUUAAACGAUGGAUUGAAGAUUGAAUGCAUAAAAGAUUCUAUCAACUUCGUUUCUCAAGUGAAAAUUCUUGCAAGGCAAGUGUCGGGUCGUACGUUACAUAUAUGAAAUGGAGUUUUAAGGAAAACAAGUGGCUGGUGGAUCAAGAAAUCCUUGUUAAUGCUAUCAGAUUCUAGACCCUCCUCUCACCUUCCUUGUGGAAAGGAUAUCAGAGUUGCAGACAACUAGAUAUAUUCAUAUCUGUAUCUUUUUCAGACUAGAUGAGAGAAUAAUGACAUCUAAACCCAUGACAAGGAAAACCCAUACAAAACACUUGCAAAUUAUUUACAUUUAUCUGCUCUCAAGAGACAAGUAAGGAUUCAAAUCUACGACUUGUCAGAUUCAAGACUGUCUUGUAUCACUUGAUUAGUUCGUUAGGAUUCAUAUCUUUAUCUUUGUAUUCAAAUGAUUGUAGUUUUGAAUUUUUUUUUCCCAUCAUAUUCAUAGUUGUAUAAUAGCUUAUUUGAUGAGCACUUGUAAAUAUCAUGACAUAAUGGGUAAAAUAGUCACUUUUGUCUCUGAAGUUGGUAGAUGCUGUCACACUAAUUCCUAAAAUUAAGAAAAUG